GACGUGAGGCAGCAACUGAUGGUAGAAGGGGAUAAUCACCCUGUCUAUCCUGAUAAGCAGCAAGAUGCAGCUCUAUGGUAGAUGUCUCGAUCUACUGCUCAUUUGCCUCAUACUUCUCGCCUGUGCAUCUGUUGGAGUGGCUUCCUCCCCUGCGUCAUUCUGCAAGUGUACUUGCUUCUCCAACAGCACAAUAAUUCCUCUUGAUCCCGAAAAGUCGAAUUCUGUGUCUACACAGAGCAGUCUCUUCCGUCUCCGAAGUCACGACGAUGCCAAAGAUCUCUUGGAUAGGCGAGCUAAGAAUUACCGGUCUUUGAGCUGCAACGACUGUAAUCGAAAAUUUUGCUUGGACUAUGAUCUCCCUACUUGCAAAGGAGCAAAGGAAGAGGAUGUCUUCACAACAUGUUUUCAACGAGAUUCCAGAAAAGACCAGGCCAUUGUGUUCAUUUUCAUUAUUGCAACGGGUAGCCUUCUGGCUUGGGCAAUCAUGAAGCCCUGGAUUGGGAAAUGGCUGGAGACUGCAAGAGAGCGACGACCAUAUAUACCUAUAUCGGGGAAUGCAGGUCAUUAGCUGGUUCCAUUUUGCCAGCAGCUUCUAACAGAUAAACAUAAUUUCCACUUCGGACGCAGAGCAUAAUGCCACCGGAUCUUCAGAAAACUCGACGGUUCGCGUCAUAUUGGCUCCCUAAAAUUGCCGUAUACAAAACACUAGCCAUGGAGCUUUAUCCGAUGUCUCCUCAUCAGGAAGAGAUGGGUGUGCCUUGAUUCUAUUCGAACGGCCUUCAGAUCUCAUCUGACGGGGCCUCAA